AUGUCGCCAACUUCAUUUCAACACAACAACGACGUUCUUGGAACCGCUGAAUAUGGCGAUCAAAGUAGCGACAUUAAACCACAAUCAGUGACUGGUUCUGAUUCGCUUAACACUGAACAAGAACAAGAACAACACCAGCAACAGCAACAGCUACAGCUACAACAACAAGAUCAGAUACCUCCAAAGAAAACUUUAUUAACAGGUCAUCGUUCAACCGCCGCACCAUUAUUUCGUUGGGCACCAACUAACUAUUUAACACCGGCAUUUGGGUCAUUUGGAAAUACAACGCCGGUGAUGAAUCUCUAUAGAUGUACAAAUCUAGUGCCUGCUUAUGGCGGAUGCCAUUGCUGCUGCAACAAUGGAACUACUGCUGCUAAAGCUGCAACGUCGGAUUCCUUGCCGACGCAAAGCGAUGAUGGUUUACCGCAAGCCGGUGUAGAUAUACAGACGGAAGAUUUUAAAAAAGAAACUUGGUCAAUUGGUUUCUAUGAAGUUGGAGACGUUAUUGGACAGGGCAAUUAUGCUCGUGUACGAAAAGGUCAUCAUCGAAUCACUAAAAUACCUGUAACAGUUUCAUGUUAUUUUUAA